AUGCCAUAUCCCGUUCCGACGUACAAGCAGUACGCGUCCAAUGCAGUCUUUGCUGUUCAAAUAAGCUUGUGGGCACUGCUCUUCCUCGGUGAUGCGAUCUUUGAAGCACUGAAGGUGCCGAAGCCGGAAAUCGUAACCUCAGCGCAGGGGAACAGGAUGAUGUCCUUCAUGGGAGUUUGGCUCGUUGGCAAUAUGGUUUCAGCCCAGCUGCUCAACACUGGAGCCUUCGAAAUCCAGCACGGGGAUCAGCUUGUUUGGUCGUCUUUGGAGAUGCAGCGGCUGCCAAACAUGGCUGAUUUGGUGCAGGCCUUCGCCACGACUGGCGUCGAGUUUCUGCAGAAAACUGAGGUUUAA